AUGGCGGAGGAGGCUUCAAGCCCUGGCUCCAGCUCUGGCUGUUGGCUGUCUCUUGAAGGAGGGCUACUUUAUGCUUUCGUUGGACCUGCAGCUGCCGUUGUAUUGGUCAACAUGGUGAUCGGCAUUUUGGUAUUUAAUAAACUUGUUUCCAGAGACGGAAUCCUAGAUAAAAAGCUCAAACACAGAGCGGGUCAGAUGAGUGAGCCUCAUAGCGGUUUGACGCUCAAAUGUGCCAAGUGUGGAGUAGUUUCAACAACAGCUUUGUCAGCCACCACCGCCAGUAAUGCCAUGGCAUCCCUUUGGAGUUCCUGUGUGGUGUUGCCACUUCUGGCCCUGACUUGGAUGUCUGCAGUCCUGGCCAUGACAGACAAAAGAUCAAUAUUAUUUCAGAUACUUUUUGCAGUAUUUGAUUCAUUACAAGGCUUUGUUAUUGUCAUGGUCCAUUGUAUUCUCCGAAGGGAGGUUCAAGAUGCAUUCAGAUGUCGACUGAGAAAUUGCCAGGAUCCAAUCAAUGCAGAUUCUUCAAGUUCUUUUCCUAAUGGACAUGCUCAAAUCAUGACUGAUUUUGAAAAGGACGUGGACAUUGCUUGUCGGUCAGUUCUGCAUAAAGACAUUGGACCUUGCAGAGCAGCUACUAUAACAGGAACACUUUCUAGAAUUUCCCUAAAUGAUGAAGAGGAGGAGAAAGGCCCAAACCCUGAAGGAAUGAGCUAUUCUACCUUGCCUGGAAACAUCAUCUCCAAAGUCAUCAUCCAGCAACCAACAGGUCUCCACAUGCCCAUGAGCAUGAGCGAACUGGCCAAUCAGUGCUUGAAGAAAGACAACAGUGAGUUGCGGAGGACUGUCUAUUUAUGCACUGAUGAUAAUUUGAGAGGUGCAGAUAUGGACAUAGUCAAUCCUCAAGAACGGAUGAUAGAAAGCGACUAUAUAGUCAUGCCCCGGGGCUCAGUAAAUACCCAGCCAUCCCUGAAAGAUGAGAGCAAAAUGAAUAUAGGCAUGGAUACGUUGCCUCAUGAAAGGCUGUUGCACUACAAAGUUAAUCCAGAGUUCAAUAUGAAUCCCUCUGUAAUGGACCAGUUUAAUAUCAAUUUAGACCAGCAUCUUCCCACCCAAGAACAUAUGCAGAAUUUACCAUUUGAGCCCCGCACAGCAGUGAAGAAUUUCAUUGCCUCGGAGCUGGAUGACAAUGCAGGAUUAUCAAGAAGUGAAACUGGAUCCACAAUAUCAAUGAGCUCUUUAGAGAGAAGAAAAUCACGUUAUUCGGACCUUGACUUUGAAAAGGUCAUGCAUACAAGAAAGAGGCACAUGGAAUUGUUUCAAGAGUUAAAUCAGAAAUUUCAGACACUGGACAGAUUUCGGGAUGUACCGAAAUCAGGCAGUAUGGAGAACUCAGCACCGAGCAAGGCUCCAUGGGACAGUUUCAAAACCACAGGCGACUACCAACACUAUACAACGAUAAACGUAUUAGACACAGAGGCAAAAGAUGCUUUAGAACUCAGGCCAGCAGAAUGGGAGAAGUGUCUGAACUUGCCUUUAGAUGUGCAAGAAGGUGACUUUCAAACAGAAGUUUAACAAAAAAUGAAAACAAACUGAACAAAAGAAAAACAAAACAAAAAUAAUUCAUUGCACUGACAAUAAAGAGACUUUGGGGAAUCCUGACGCUCCUGUCUGAACAGUUUGACUACUUUCUGUCAGGCUCUUCCCGUGCCAAAUGUCAGUGGUUUUUUUCGUACAGUAUAUUCCCACUAGUGCGGCUAGUGGAGAACCAGGUGUACAAUUCUUACCAUCGUGUGUUGUAAGUACCCGUGGAAUGGAUUUGUAAGGUAAUCUUUAUAGAUAAACCUCAAGCAACGAUUCAUGUUGUAACAGCUUCAUUUGGUUUAGUUUUCAAAAAACUUCACCAUGAAGCACAAUGUAUAUAUUUAUGCAGUUUUUAAAGUUUAUAACAGUCUGUUUGGCCAUUACUACACUUUUUACUUUAUAAUAUAAAAGCAAAGGUUUUGUCAUUAAAUGAAUGUCUGUUGAGCUACAUUCUUCAUUGCUUUAAAUGCAAUAAAGUAAUAAUCUCACUUUUAUAAGAAUAAUAUAUUUCACAUCUUUAUUAUUGCAGUUUUCUCUGGAAAGCUCAGAGUAGCUUUCUCUGCUGCAGCUGUGUAUAAAAUAUUUAAAAUGUUGUAUGGUGUAAAUAAACCUUUGUCUACA